GUACCUUCUCCUUUGGCAGUCAGUAGUGGCGGGUAGUGGCGUUACUAUACACUUCGCUUUCGGCGGCGCGGCUGCUGCGCUGGCUGUGCGGUGCCAGUAGUUCGAUUAACUGCAGCGCGCCAGUCGUCGGUAGUCGCAGCAGCCAGCCAGCGCCCGGAAAAUGGAAGAGAACACGUUCAGCAGGAUCGGCGGCAAGUACGUGUUCAUCUGCAAGGUUCUGUCCAUUUUCGGGGCCAUCUACUACUUCAACCAGCUGAUCGAACGGAAGCCCAUCUGUGUCGAUGUGUCGUGUGCCGACAGUACCAAAAAUGUCAUCACUCUCACUAUCAACAUGAUCAUUUGUAUACUGUCAUCGCUGCUGGUCGGAUUCGUCAAGACUGGCCUGAAGGAGACGAAGAUCUCCUACAUUCAAACGUACCGGGUGUUCAUGCUCAUCCGAAACCUGAUUCUGUUGGUGCUGUGGACGUUCGAAAUCCUGAUUCGGAAACCGGCGCAGAGCAACGCCGAAGAGGAAGACGAGAAGAUGGCUCAGUACAUGGCGCUGACACUGCUCAUCAGUAUUCUGGUUAUUACCGGUGUGGAACUGUUGAUCCUUCGUGGCGUACAAUGCUUAACCGAAGAGAAACUGGCUGAAGAAAGGAGCUGCCUUGGGGCGUAACAGUGCAUCGGAAGUUGAGCGUUCUUAGUUGCAGUUGAUUUUUCAUUUGACGUGGAAGAUUGUGAUUCUG